AAUUAUUGACUUCGACCAUUAUCCGCAAGACCGUCGUCCAUUGAUCGAUGCCUUCUCCGGUAGCCUUCGCCAGUUACUGUCCCGCUUCCUCUUCCCUCGUCCCCUCGCUCGUUCGCUCCGAUCUACGGGGUCAUCUCAAUGACAUCAAAGCCCUCGUCCUCUCCACUGUGAAGAGCCUUCCUAACUCGCCGAUCCCCUCUCCCAUUCAGUCUCUUCGCCAGGGGAAUUGGGUUAAGCUCAUUUGCGGCGCAAGUUUUGAGGAUGCCGCGGAUGUCAGGAAUUUGUCUCUUGUGUAUACACUUGCUGGAGUCGAUUGCAUUGAUUGUGCAGCAGAUGCGGCCGUUGUUGGUGCUGUUAAUGAGGGCAUUGAUGCCGCAAUGUCGAUAGCAAUGGUCAAGAGGCCCUGGGUGAUGAUUAGUGUUAACGAUGAUAAGGAAGACGUUCAUUUCCGCAAAGCUGAAUUUGAUCCUGAGGACUGCCCUUCUGAUUGCCCUAGACCAUGUGAAAAAGUUUGCCCUGCUUCUGCAAUAGUGAUACAGAGGGUGGUUGAGGGAGGUGGUUCAGUAGAGAACAAUAGACUGGAUAAACUGCAGGGUGGAGUUAUCACCGAACGAUGUUAUGGAUGUGGACGCUGCUUUUCCAGCUGCCCAUAUGAUAGAAUAAGUGCUACUACUUAUGCCCGAGAUCCUACUACUACUAGUAAGCUUUUGCAAAGGAGUGAUGUUGAUGCUAUAGAGAUACAUACUAGUGGAAGGUUUUUGUUCUUAUUGAUUUUUCGCUUUAGGGGUCUCUUUGAACUUCUUGUUCUAAUCUCGGUGAUUUGGAGUGUUUUUUAUGUUGCAAAACUUGAUAGGCGCACUGAUUUGUUCAACCUGCUUUGGGAUAGCCUAGUGGAUUCGGUUGAAAAUGCAAAGCUAGUGGCAGUUAGUUUGCCCAAUGUGGGUGAAUCAACUUUACAGGUGAUGAAUAUGAUAUACGAGACAAUGCAGCCUCAUCUCAAAUGCUACAAUUUGUGGCAGUUGGAUGGUCGCCCUAUGAGUGGAGACAUUGGCAAGGGUGCAACAAGAGAGGCAAUUGCCUUUGCCAUUCAGUUGGCUGCUACAUGCAACAAGCCUCAUGGGUUUUAUCAGUUGGCUGGUGGCACUAAUGCUUUCACUAUUGAGAGCUUAAAGAAAUAUGGGCUGUUUCAGACGAACCAUAUUGAUUAUGUCAUAGGCAAUUCUUCAGAAGCGAGGAUUGAAGAUGAGCAAAUUGAUCCUAGACAAGCCUAUAUUGGUGGAAUAGCUUAUGGUGGUUAUGCACGAAAGGUAUUAUGUUCACCAUUUCGAAGCUCAGCCACUACUUCCAUAUCAACAAGUAAAUCUAUCUUUGUUUCCAUACUGCAUAUGUUUUAUUUUCUGAAGUUGUCUUUCUUAUUCUCAGUCUUUCUUGUUGUGACCAAUACAUACUUCUAUUUUAAGCAUCUUUCCGACAGGAUAUUCAUGUUUAUAUGCAAUUGGCAUGUGUAUUUGUAUUCUAACAUCUUUAGAAACAACGAGAGACAUUUUCCUACGGAUUUAUGAGAAAUCUGAUUAGCUAGGAGCUUAAACCGUGUGAGUUUUUAACAUUUAGGGUCAUCUACACAAAUCUUUUUAUCGAUAUCAAUUUAAAUUUAAAUUUUAUGUUCCUAUGGACCUUCAACUUUCUUCCAUGCAACUCGCUUAUACCUGUUAGGCUUUUAGGUUAUGUACUAACAAUUUCCUGCAGAUUGUGGGAAAAGUUCUAUGCAAAUUGCCCAGACAAGAUGGCCAUGCAUGGAUAGAGGAUCACCCUGAGUAUUUAUUGGAGGCUCUUAACGAAGCUUUGACUUUAGUAGGUCCUGUCAAGGGGUACAUUGACUACAGGG